AUGCCUUUUGCCGAGGGACCGUGCCAACUUGAUAAGCAAAGAACAGAACAGAGUUGGUCUUGAAUCGUUCUUCUCUUGUUGGAGCCAUUCCUCGUUUGCCCGCUUCAAUCUCGGCUACUAGUCGGCGACAGCUUGCAGCAGGGCGGAACCGAAUCGCUGUGUCUCGACAGUGGGAAAUAGGCGGAGAGAAGACAGAGACAGAGGCUGAAGAAGACGCACAGCACAGCACAGCGAGACCGGACGAGGCGGAGAAAGACAGAAGAGAGACAAUUACCUAGCCAUCAAACUGCACACAUCCCCUCUACUGCCAUCUUCAGACAUGCUGGGGACGUCGUCCGCGCCAUCCAUCUUCUCAAUGGACGCCCGCGAUCCGGCGAGGCUCCGGCGCAAGAGGAAGGCCGACUCGCACGACUUUAGCGAUCGCGAGCGGCUGUCCAAGCGCCUCAGCCGGCUCAACAUAGUGCGUUUCAACCGUCAGCCUCGGCUCUUCGCUAACACGGCAUCUCGCCACACAGAACCAUCCGGCCCCCGGCUCUACGUCCCCGUCGAAGCUCCCGCAAAUGCAGCAGCAGCAGCAACCUCCUCAUUGCCCUCCUCCUCAUCCUCCUCCUCUUCAAAGCUGGCCGACGAGACGAUGCAGCUCGACGACUCCAAGCACAAAGUCUACAUCUACGACCUCGACGCCGAGCUCUCCUCCGACAGCGACAACGACGAGGGCAAACUCAUCUUCCUCCCAGACAUUGAGAAGCACCUCCGGGAAAGCCGCAUCCCGCGCGGCGUCCUGGCCAACGACGAGGGCCAGCUGGCCGGCAUGCAGCUGGUGCUCUACAGCGACCCGAAAUCCCUCUCCGUGCCCGAGGAACGGGAUGGCGUGCGAAGGGCCAUCAUCGAGGCCCGUCAGCGAGCGCGAGAAGCACAGGCACAGAAGAACGGCGGGACGUAUAGUACCAACGGCACGGCAUCUCCGGCGGCAUCACAAGCGGUGUCUCAGACGACGCCUCAUACAUAUCCUCCGAUGAACCCUCCCGCUUUUGCUCAACCAAUCCCCGAACCGAUACCACACAUUGAUCCCGCGCCACCUCAACCCUUUCCUGUCGACGAUGCUGACGCUAUGGAGGUUGAUUAA